AUGGCCUCCACCGAUGGCCGGUGCGCGGGCGGCAUGGUGUCACACGUCCGCGAGCUGGCCCCCGUUGCCCCCCGCAAGUGGCCGAGAUGCAGCUCCUUCGACCUCGCCUCGCACUCGGACCUAAAGCUCGCCCGCCGCAUCAGGAGCGGCCUGCUCGGGCCCACCGGGCAGGAGGUGUGGGCCGGCACGCUGUCUCAUGGCGGUGGCGGUGGCGGGGUCAAGCGGUGCAAGCAUAGGGUGGCAGUGAAGAGGGUGCCCCUAGCCGCAAGGGACAGGCUCGAGGUUGUUCAGGAGGAGGUGAAGUGGCUGAGGCGCGCCUCCACAUUGUGUCGGAACGUGUGCACAUUCCAUGGUGCUGUGAGGGUCGGUGACCACCUCUGUUUCGUCAUGGAUCGCUAUGUCGGGUCUGUGCAGGCGGAGAUGCUGCAGAAUGGUGGACGCCUCACGCUGGAGCAGAUUCUCAGGUCUGGCGUUGCAUCUAAACGUCAGUACUUAGUAAUAUUGAGUAGCUAUUCUUUCUGCUUUUGUCAUGCCAAUGAUCGCUGCAAACAUAUCACAUUACAACAUAGCGCUCACUUUUAUUGUUACUCAGUAGUUAGUAAGAACUAA